AACGUCCCUCCCCCCACCACCGUGGCGAAUCCGUCCAGGAGCUGCGCUCGCGCACCGACCGUACCAUGGAGGUUUUUAUUCCUUCGUUCCGCUAUGAGGAGAGCGAAUUGGAAAGGGGCUACACGUAGCUGAAUUGGAGACCUGCAAUGGGAGGACAUUUUAGAACAUCUUGUCGUGAGCUGACUAAAUCUGUGGGAAUCAGAAACAGCAGAGAAUGAAUACCUAGCUGCUUGAAUGACAAUUAGAAUAGCUGGGCAAGUCUUUAAGAUAGAGGUACUAAUGAAUGGAAGAAAGCAUUUUGUUGAAAAAAGAUAUAGUGAAUUUCAUGCUCUCCAUAAAAAACUUAAAAAAUUCAUAAGAACUCCAGAAAUCCCUUCAAAGCAUGUGAGGAACUGGGUACCCAAAGUUUUGGAACAGCGUCGGCAGGGAUUAGAAUCUUAUUUACAGAGUAUUGUUUUAGAAAAUGAAGAACUUCCCAAGAUGUUUCUUGAUUUUCUCAACGUUCGUCACUUUCCUUCUCUCCCAAAAGCAGAAAGUUGUGGUUCUUUUGAAGAAACAGAAUCUGAAGAAUCAAGCAAACUGUCCCACCAGCCCGUGUUGCUGUUCCUAAGGGAUCCAUAUGUCUUGCCUACAGCCAAUGAUGACUUUCCAAAUGUAGUUAUUGAAGGCAUUCUCCAUGGAUUGUUUUAUCCCCACCUACAACCCAGGUAGAAAAUGAAUUUGGAUGGAAAAUAAUCAAGAGUAAAUUCAAGUUAUAUUCCUCAAUGCAAGCUUUUGAAGACUUUUUUUUAAAAAGUAAAAGUCAAAAUACUGAAGCAAGACACUCAUGUUUGAAGUUGGAACUUUUGGGAUUUUUUAAUUGUAUCACUAAAAAUGGCUGCUUUUAAAGAUUACAAAUGGGAAAAAACGCUACUCGGCUGAACUUGUAUACUAAACUCUAAAUAUUUAAAUUUUAAAACAGCUGACAAAAUGCCAAAUUACACUAGCAAGUUUCAUCAUGUAUUUAUAAUUUUUGUGUGUCUGUGAUAAAUCAUUACUCUAAUUCUUUUGUCUCCGUGUUGUACCCACUGCUGGCAGCGGAUACAUAAAAUAUAAUAGCAUGUAUGACUAAAAAAUGUAAAUGUUAAAAAAUAAUUGCUAAAACUGGAAAUGCAAUAUAAGCUCACUGUAUCAGUAUUUCUGAUGUCAUACUAUAUAAGUAUUAUUUUAGGGACAGAAAUGUGUAUAUGCUUGCAGUUUGGUUUAGUCUUAAUUUUAUGUCAUAAACUCGGCUGCAAUGCUUUUAUUAGCCUAAGCUUAAUGUCGUUUUCCAAAAUUUUAUUAAUUUUUAACCUUUUGUAAUAUAAAUAAGAAUGAACAUGAUUAAUAAAAAUAAUUAGCCAGUCCAGAGGCAGUUCAACUUGACUAUCCUUUUCGCAGCGCCUGGAAUUUCCCCUUAUUUUAUCUGUUAAAAAUUGAGCACUUUCCCAAAGGUUUGAGAUGGAAGGACAUAAAAAUGUACUCAAAAUCAUACAAAUAUGCAUUAACACAAUUUAAAAAUAAGAAAUCAUCACCAGACCCAGGGAAAAAAUGAAAAUACUGUUUCCACGCAAAUGUAUGGUAAAAAUCCUGCCAGUUUUGCUCUCAUCCCAAAGGCUUGUCUACCCUGUCAACUGUGCAAAUGAACAUUCUGUUUAUCACCAUGUGGAAUUCCAAAACCCAAAAACAGUGAAAUAAUGAACAUCUGUAAAAAUACCAACUUGUUGGUCACAUGUCCAUCCACCACUUUGUCAGUUGUGAGUACAUGUGCCAUAGCCAUAUUGCAGAUGGAGUUGUAACAUACUGUGCUUCUUAACAUGGGGGACUCAUGUCUGCCAUAACAAUUAUGACUCUGUGCCGAUGGGUACCUGGCACAGCAGAAUAUAUUCUAGUUAUCCCCUUCAAGGGCAGUUCAGUCAGAGGUGUUUUCCUGUAUUUCAGUUGUCCUGGCUGAUCGUUCUCUGGGCAGCUUUAGGUUGGCGAUUGAUAUGAACUUUAGCCAAUGUUAAAAUGACUUCCUGAAUGCCAUUGGGGAUUUUCCAUCUCCUCGGUCAGCGAUACCAUCAAACCUUAUCAAGCAGUAGAUAUUAUUGCUCAAACAGGCAGCAGCAGGUGCAGACAGUACAUUCACAUCUUCUUCAAAGCAGCUUUCCUGCCUCGGAUCCAAAUACUGUGAACCUGUCAAGGAAAGACUUCUUAAAAAUACCUUCAUUUUCUGAAGUCCAUUUGUCUGUCACCCAGGAGAAAACUUUCUCCAGUGCUGAACAAAAUUCAAUUCCCCGUUUCAUUCAGCCCUAACAUUUUUCCACUGUUCUGAAAUAUGUCUAGACUUUUAUGGUCAAGCCUUUUCUCUCUGAACUGGCUUAACAGUGAUGUUAACAGUUUUUAUGAUUUCAAGUAUUCAUGUUUUGCUCCUUAUUGUUAGCUGUAAUGAAUAUGGGCAGAAAUAAGGAAAAUAAUUCAUGACAAUAAAUAAUAUUCUUG